CCACUGUCGGUCAGUGUCAUUCAUUCAUUCAUUCAGCUGUACAGUGAGUGCAACACGGUCACGAAGACAAAGAACACACUGACACUCUCUCUGCCAAAAGAUCUCUCACCAUGCACAGCAUCCGGCGGCCUGCCUGCCUGCCUGCCUGCGUCCACCGGUCAUUCUGCUUUGACUAUCAUUAUUUGUCCUUGGAUCUCAGCUUCCUGGUGACGGCCUUCCCUUCCCUGUCAAACUGCUCAAAAGCCUUGGCGGUCUCCUCCGUCUUGUCCGCCUGCCUUGAAGCGAUGAGCGCCUCGCUCAUCUGGUACACGAACCUGCAAUCACGACACACACAGAAAGAGGCAGAUCAGAUCACACAUGUGGCUGACAUGUAAGCUGUGUACAGCACCUGCCAGGCCAGAAGCCAGGGAAGCGGAAUUGCGUCUGCAUGUACUGGUUGGGCAUCAGCGGCAUCACGUGGAAGCGUUGAUAGAACCACUCCCGCCGCCUCUUCCAGUGGCCGUCCAGGGCGUCAUAGAACUGCACCAGCCGCUUCUUACGCGCCACCUGGAUGGUCCCGCGCUUCUUCGGCACCGCCAGCCUCGCAGGCGACAGCCGCAAGGCCAUGCUCGUUGCAUAUGUGCGUUUGCCGGCGCCUCUCUGCUCCUCACUGCUGCCUCGUCAGCGUGCGCCAAGCAGAAAUGCUCCC